AUGGUGGUGCUUACUGCCCAUCCCACUCAGUUUUACUCAACUCAUGUAUUGGAUAUUCUCCACCGUCUUAAUGUGGCCUUUACUAAGAAAGACUCUUCGCAUAUUCGCACACUUUUAAAACAGCUUGGCAAAACUAGUUUUUAUAAUCGCCAAAGACUCACCCCCAUUGAAGAAGCUAAAACCAUUCUAGUCUACCUUAAGCGAGUAUUCUAUCACAAUAUUCCUAAGAUUGUUGAGAAGCUGGAGAAACAAAUUCAUUUUAUUCUAAGUCAAGACUACUCCAUGCAGCCCUUGGAAAAUUUUAUCAAAGUGGGGUUUUGGCCAGGUGGUGAUCGCGACGGUAAUCCUUUCGUUACAUCGGAUAUUUCAUUAGAAGUAGCUCGAUUAUUAAAAAAAUCAAUUAUCCAAUGUUAUGUAAAGGAUCUUAAAAGGCUACGAAAAACCCUUACUUUCACUGGAGUCCAUGAUGAAAUCAAGUUGGCCACCAAUAGGCUGAAAAAAACUUUAUUUAAAAAUGGAAAUAACGAUGAAGACCGAUAUGACAGUUUUGAAGAUUUUAGACAGCAUCUGUCUUUUAUCAGAGAAAUUAUUGAAAAAAAACAUGAGGGUAUUUUUCUCGACAAGUUUGAUCGUUUUAUCAAAAAGGUUAAUUGCUUUGAAUUUUAUUUUUCUACAUUGGAUAUUAGGCAGAAUAGCAGUGUUUACACUAAAACGAUUGAGGAGAUUUAUUUAUUCUUAGAGAAGAAAAAUUAUUCGGAGCUUAAUGAGAAACAGAAGAUUAAAUUUCUUGUGCAAGUCCAAAAAAUAAAAAAGCAACAUACCAAUCUAUUAACUCAACUAAUUAAACACGAAGGUUUUGAAGAACUCACCCGAGAAACGCUUAAAACUGUAGAGGUAAGUUAUCAAAUUCAAAAGGAAAACGGAGUUGAAGGGCUCCGCCGCUAUAUCAUUAGCAAUUCCCAAUCAGUUGUCAAUGUUUUGGAAGUUUACUUUUUACUUGAGCUUGGAAAUGUUCAAGAGAAAUUACCAUUCAACAUCAUUCCGCUUUUUGAAACCAUGCAGGAUUUGGACAAUGUAGAUACUACCAUGGAUAAACUCUAUCAAGUCCCCACCUACAUGAAACAUCUUAAAACUCACCAAAACAACCAAGUGGUCAUGCUUGGGUUUUCUGAUGGUACUAAGGAUGGAGGAUACAUUGGUGCUAACUGGAGUAUUUUCAAUGCUAAAGAAAAAAUUACACGAGUAUCAAGGAAGCAUAAAAUCAAGGUAGUUUUUUUUGAUGGACGAGGUGGUCCUCCAGCUCGAGGAGGAGGUGAGACUAAUAAAUUUUAUUCUUCACUUGGUAAGAAAAUAGAAAAUUAUGAAAUUCAACUCACCGUGCAAGGACAGACCAUCAGUUCCAAGUAUGGUACAAGCAAGUCCUUUUGUUAUAAUAUUGAACAACUUUUAAUUGCAGGAUUGGAAGAAAAACUCUUUGGUCAUGAACAAAAUAACCUCAACAAAAAAAAUCGCACCUUGCUUACCGAAAUGGCACGGUAUAGUUUUGAGGCUUACGAUGAAUUAAAAAAACAUCCUCAGUUUAGCAACUAUUUAAGUGAAGCCACCCCACUUAACUUUUAUGGACAAGCGAAUAUUGGAAGUAGGCCUGUUAAACGGAAUAAAGAAGCUCGAUUGACGCUUAAUAAUUUAAGGGCUAUUCCUUUUGUUAGUUCAUGGAAUCAAGUCAAACAAAACAUUCCUGCUUACUAUGGAGUGGGGAUAGCCAUUGAGAAGAUGAUCGAAAAAGGAAAAGGAAAGGACAUCAUCAAUCUCUACAAGCAAUCUUCAUUCUUUAGAACCUUGAUGGGUAACUCCAUGCAAGCUCUUCUUAAAACUAAUUUAGCCUAUACUAUCCAUCUUAAAGAGGACAAGAAGUUUCACAGUAUCUGGAAAAAAAUUGAAAGAGAAACCAAGCUAGCGAACAAAAUGAUAGCUUGGAUGAUAGGCAAGAAAACAUUAUUUACAUCAAACAGUAUGAAUGAACAUUCUAUCGUCUUUAGAGAAAAAAUUGUUUCUCCAUUGGUCAUCAUUCAGCAAUAUGCUCUUAUCAAGCUGCUUGAAUGUAGGAGAGGGGAAAUCAAACUAAGUGAAAAAGAAAUCAACAAUUACGAAAAAAUUAUUAUUCGAUCCAUGCCAGGCAUCAUUAAUGCUGGGCGGAACUCAGCCUGA